GUCGUUCUGUGCAGUACGCGACCCUCAAAAACAGUCCGCAAAUAGUCAGCAGUCAGCUACGGGUUAGAGGGAACAACAAACUGCGCACAAUACAAUAGAUAUUUCCUGGUGCGGAUCCGAGAAAUACGAGCAGUAAAUGCCAUAGAAAUUCGUGCAAAGAAAAGAAGAGCAAAGAGCAAACAUUUUGACCUGAUUUUCGGGACUUUGCAUAGAUUUUAAUUUGAUUUUGAGUCUUUGUUUUUGCGCUGCACAACGCGGAAUUAUUAUGCAAUGAAUACGACGAGUGAAUGAGUGUGAGUGUGCGAGUGUGCGAGUGUUUUGAGUGUGUUUAAGUGAGUGCUCAGCCCAGACACGAGACAGACAGAUGGAGAAAAUGCCAAGAAGAACUUUGGAAACGGUGCGUUCCGUUACGCUGCUCAUUGCACUGCUGACGCUCUUAAUGCGUGCAUCCUGUACGGUUGGCGCUCGCGAUCAUCGACGCCAGACGAAUCUGGAGGCAAAAGUGGGCUCACACGUGGUCUUCAGCUGCUACAUCGACUUCCCCUUCGACUCGCCCAUUCCGUACGUUGUGCACUGGAGCAAGGAUAACAAAAAGAUCUUCACGUGGUUCGAGAAGGAAACCUCCACCAACGAGCUCUUCAAUGGCCGCCUGCAUCUCGUCGAACAGCAUCCAGAGUACGGUCGUGCCUCCGUCAAUCUAACAGCCAUAAGGGAGUCAGACCAAGGCUGGUACCACUGCCAGGUGAUCUUUCCCAAUCGCUCGCCCAGCAUACGCAACAAUGGCACGCGCUACCACCUGGCGGUGCAGGGCGGCUCCCUCAUACGCAUUCCGCCCGUGAAUCAAACCAUACAGGAGGGACAGACCGCGUUCUUUCACUGCGUCAUGAAGUAUCCGGAUAACUCGCAGGCGGCCUGGUACAAGGACGGGGUGCUGCUGCAGGAGGUGCAGGAUUUGGUGCGGCGUUCGUUCAUGGGCCCCGACGGCAGCCUCAGCAUCGAUCCGACCAUGAUGAGCGACCUGGGGGAGUACGAGUGCAAGGUGCGCAACAAUGAGGGUGAACUGCAGACGGCCAAGGCCUUUCUCAAUAUACAAUAUAAGGCCAAGGUGAUUUAUGCACCGCCCGAGGUGUAUCUGCCGUAUGGCCAACCUGCCGUACUCGACUGCCACUUCAGGGCCAAUCCACCGCUGAAGAAUCUGCGCUGGGAGAAGGAUGGCCUGCUGUUCGACUCGUACAAUGUGCCCGGCGUAUUCUACAAGAUGAAUGGCAGCCUGUUCUUUGCCAAGGUGGAUGAGAAUCAUGCGGGCAGCUACACGUGCACACCCUACAAUGACCUCGGCACGGACGGGCCCUCGCCCAUCAUUAGUGUAAUUGUGCUGCGACCGCCCAUUUUCAGCGUCACACCCAAGGCCAUUUACAUACAGAAGCUGGGCGAGUCGGCCGACCUGCCCUGCGAAGCCAUCGACCGGGACGGAAACAAUCGUCCAUCCAUUGUCUGGAGUCGGAAAGAUGGGCAACCGCUUCCACCCGAAAGGCACAGCCUCAGUGGCGGUAACCUGACCAUCACGAGCCUAAUCGAAUCGGAUCGCGGCAUGUACGAGUGCGCGGCGACCAAUGAAGCGGCAACCAUAACAACAGAGGCCGAAUUAAUGAUUGAGAACAUUGCACCACGGCCGCCAUACAAUCUGACGGCCAACAGCACCGAGACCUGCAUCACCAUACGCUGGCAGCCAGUUGCAGGCUACCUGCGGCCCAAUCUCGAGUACACCGUGUGGUAUCGCCUGACAGAGGCGCCCGAGUGGCGCACAAUGCGCGUGCUGGACAAGAAUGUGAUGGAGGCGACCAUACAGCAUCUGGUGCCUGGGAAGGAGUACGAGUUUAUGGUCCUCAGUCAGGACAAAUAUGGCGACGGGAUGUUCAGCAAGCAGUUCCGUUUUCAGACACAACCUUCACCCAUUCGCGCGGAGGAUUUCGAUGCCCAACUGGGACAGAAUGAGCUGGGACAGCUGCCCACAUUUAGCGGUGGUUUGGGUGCCCCUUCAAAUCUCAGCGCGUUGAGCAAUCAGCAGGGCUGGCUGCUGCACUGGGAGCAUCCGACGCAGGGACUCGAGGGCCUGCGGCUAUACACGGUGCGCUGGUGGAAGGAGCCGGAGCACUAUCUCAUCGGCCAGGCGGAGACCUUCGACAACUUCUAUCAGCUGCGGCACCUCAAGGAGGACACCACCUUCAAGGUGCAGGUGGUGGCGGUGGGCGCCAACAGUCAGCAGCAGGUGCCCAGCCCCGAGCUGCUCAUCGAUGUGCCGUCGCAGCGCAAGAUGCGGGCACUGAUCAUUGGCUCGUCUGUGGGAGUACUCUUUUUAUUGUGCGCUCUGUGCGCUUUUUUAUACGUGAAAAGGAGCUGCCUGCGGCACCUGUUUGCCCGGGACAGCGAGGCAGCCUGCGAUGAGGACACUGCCGAGAGCGGGGACUGCGACAGCGAUGAGCAGGACAGCGUCAAGAUACGACAAUCCUCCUGAAUGCUACAGAUCCGCUGGCACUUUGAUGCGAUAGCCAGCGAGGGUUCCCCAUCCCCACCAUCCCAGGCACCCCAGUGAUGCCACUUGAAUUGCCAGUUGCCAGUUGCCAGUGUUGCCCAACCCCAACAUAAUCCAUUACACCAUAAAAUACUGACUUUUUAAUUUAUGUCUAGCUGCUAUCUGUACUAUAAAUUCUACUAAUUCGAAAUAAAAA